AUGGAGGCUCCACCCGUGGCGCUGUUCGACUCCCUCAAGGCUGCCAAACCGUUCUUCUUGCUGGCCGGUCCCAACGUGAUUGAAUCGGAGGAGCACGUCCUGAAGAUGGCCAAACACAUUAAAGGAAUCACAACCAAGCUUGGAAUUCCACUUGUGUUCAAGUCCAGCUUUGAUAAAGCAAAUCGUACAUCAUCAAAAUCGUUCCGUGGUCCUGGUCUUGAAGAAGGCCUAAAGAUCCUUGAAAAGGUGAAAGCAACAUAUGACCUUCCAGUAGUCACUGAUGUGCACGAAAGCCACCAGUGUGAAGCUGUUGGACGAGUUGCUGACAUUAUACAGAUUCCAGCCUUCCUCUGUCGCCAGACUGAUCUUCUAGUGUCUGCUGCUAAGACUGGAAAAAUUAUCAACAUCAAGAAAGGACAAUUCUGUGCGCCUUCUGUUAUGGUGAACUCUGCAGAGAAAGUAAGGCUUGCUGGAAACCCAAAUGUGAUGGUCUGUGAGCGUGGUACCAUGUUUGGCUACAACGAUCUAAUUGUUGACCCAAGGAACUUUGAGUGGCUGAGGGAAGCAAACUGCCCAGUUGUAGCGGAUGUAACACAUGCUCUACAGCAACCGGCUGGAAGAAAGCUUGAUGGUGGAGGUGUUGCAAGCGGGGGGCUACGAGAACUAAUACCAUGCAUUGCAAGGACUUCUGUUGCUGUUGGUGUUGAUGGUAUUUUCAUGGAGGUACAUGAUGAUCCCUUGAAUGCACCAUGUGAUGGCCCAACUCAAUGGCCAUUGCGCAAUUUGGAAGAGCUAUUGGAGGAAUUGAUUGCAAUCUCUCUUGUCGCUUCUGUGCAUCCAGAUGAUAAUGUUAAGCUCGCUAUCUGCAGUCAAAAUGAUCAAGAUAAUCUGUGCAAAGCAGAAGGCCCCAAAUGGAACAAACCAAAGCGUACAUAA